AUGGCGGUAUGUGUACAGUUUGAAAAUAACAACGAAGUUGGAGUGUUUUCCAGGUUAACAAAUUCUUAUUGUCUGGUAGCAAUCGGUAGUUCCGAGAAUUUUUAUAGUGAAUUUGAGGCAGAAUUAGCUGAAACCAUACCUGUAAUUCACGCGUCAGUUGCAAGAUGUCGUAUAAUUGGUCGAUUAUGCGUAGGUAAGCACGAUAUGAGGGUUCUAAUCUCUAAAGCUGGAGAUUGUGUUGGAGGAUACAUGGGAGGCAGACGUAGAGAGGACAGAGCUGCGAGCGUAAUCGAAAUCUCCGGAGAACUGGAGAGCCUGGACAAGGGAGGCAACCAGAGUGGAGGACUAGUGCCUGUGAACGCAAAACGGGUGUGGAUACGGGAAGUCCGGCUUAGACAAGGAGGAGUUAAACCAAACCAACAAGUGUGA